CAGUCAGUAAGUGUGUCACCUUACUAUUUCCUGGUGUCUUCAAAUGAGCUAUCAGCAACCCUGACGUUGUCAGACAUAAAUGUAUGGUUACUCCUCCAACAUGUUCUACAGGACAUUCUUCUUGGGGCUCUUAUAUGUGACGCUGAUGUUGUUUGACAAUUGCAGAGCUCAGGAAUGUGAGGAGAUGACAGACCUUAGCCUUAAAGACUCCAUUGCUGGGACAUCUUUGGAUGUUAGAUUGCUGCUUUACACACGGCCCAACAUCUCCUGCGGUCAGCUGCUCUCCCACCAAGAGCCCUUCAACAAUCCUCACUUCAACCUCAGCUCUCCUACCACCUUCCUUAUCCACGGGUACCGGCCCACCGGCUCACCCCCAGUGUGGCUGAACAAGUUUGUGGAUUUUCUUCUGAACCGCCGUGACAUGAACGUUAUUGUGGUGGAUUGGAAUCGUGGUGCAACCAGUGUGAACUACUGGAAAGUCGUGAAAAACACCCGCAAGGUGGCUGCAAAUCUUACUGAGCUCAUCCAGAAAAUGAAGAACAAUGGGGCCAAAUUGAGCUCCAUUCACAUGAUUGGUAUCAGUCUAGGAGCCCAUAUUUCAGGAUUCACUGGGGCCAACUUUAAUGGUACAAUUGACAGAAUAACAGCGCUGGAUCCAGCAGGGCCAGAGUUUAAUGGUAAACCUGCCAGUGAACGUCUAGACCCCACUGAUGCCAAGUUUGUGGAAGCUUUGCAUACAGACAUGGAUGCAUUGGGCUAUCGCAAUCUCCUGGGUCACAUCGACUACUAUGCAAACGGUGGAGCAGACCAGCCAGGAUGCCCCAAAAGCAUCUUUUCAGGAUCACAGUAUUUCAAGUGUGACCAUCAGAGGUCGGUGUUUCUCUACAUGAGUUCUGUGAACGGCUCCUGUCCCAUUACUGCCUACCCCUGUGAAUCCUACACAGACUUCCUAGAUGGAAAGUGCAUGGAUUGUGGGAAGUUUAAGCCAGCAGGAUGUCCUGUUUUUGGUUACGAUGUUGUACACUGGAGGGAUUCACUGGUGAAGCUUGGACAAACAAGGACAUAUUUCCAAACUAAUGAAGCUUCUCCAUUCUGCAAGUUCGGUUACAAGGUUGAUAUUAUCACAUGGAACCAGAAAUUGCACUGGGGAUAUUUAACAAUUAAAUUACACAAUGGAAAGGAAGAGACACAAGUUGAACUCAACCAUAAAUCCUUAAAGUUUGAGAAGUAUGUGGAGACCAGCAUUCUUGCUCAGUUUGACAGAGACAUCCAGCCUGUUAAAGAGAUCACACUGAAGUUCUGUCCAGCAAAAGGACUCCGGCCACGCAAGAAACUACGGGUGCUGUACAUACGCCUCACUCCUCUACAGAACGACCUCAGGCCUCUGUGUCGCUAUGAUCUUCUGCUGGAGAAAAAUAAAGAUGUGACGUUCAGACCAAUUCCUUGUGAAGACUCAAACUUUUGAUGCACUUUCCUAAACGAGCACAUUCCUGUCACAAGACCACUGCCUUUUUUAAUCAGUUACUGCCAUAGCUGUCGUUGUUGGUCUUUAACUUAACAUGAUCUGAAGUUGUUUUUCUUGUCAACAUGUUGUCUUUCAGGGUUUGUCCCUUCAGAAAUUAAAUUUAAUAAUUGUUUUAUUCUCUUCAUGAAGGUACAGUUAUACUUUGUUUUUUAUGUAAUGUAAAUAAAUAUUUUUGUAAAUAUA